UUCACGUACAUAGUUCGUGUAGGUGGACAUCCGGUAAGUUAUCUCCGCGUCAGGCUGAAUAACAACGGCAAUAUAUCCUUUUCUUUCUCAGAAAGAGGAGCACUUUAAGUAAAUCAAUAUGGAUUCGGGAAAGAAGAAGAAAAGAAGAGCGGUCACCGAUCUCAUGGAUGAUGAAAGUGAUGCAGAAACAAUUGAUGGAGAUGGAAGGGAUGGUGAUGAUCAGAGAAAAGGAUGGCAAAAGACAUACACAAAGCCAAACCACAGUGAGAUAGAGAAGAGGCGGAGAGAUAAGAUGAACACAUACAUCAAUGAACUGUCAACAAUGAUCCCCAUGUGUAACGCCAUGUCACGCAAGCUCGAUAAACUGACGGUGUUGAGAAUGGCUGUGCAGCAUAUGAAGACCUUGAAAGGAGCACUUGACCCUUUCACAGAAACAAACUACAAACCAGCUUUUUUGUCUGAUGAAGAUUUAAAGAACCUGAUUCUUGAAGCUGCUGAUGGAUUCCUUUUUGUUGUUGGAUGUGACAGGGGAUGUCUUCUUUAUGCAUCAGAUUCCAUUCAGAAUUAUCUCAAUCAGGCUCCUUCUGAUCUGGUAGGGCAUAGUUUCCUUGAUCUUGUGCACCAAAAAGAUGUUAACAAAGUCAAAGAACAGCUGUCGUCCUCAGACACAACGCCUCGUGAAAGACUGAUUGAUGCAAAAACUGGUCUUCCACUUAAAACAGAAAAUCAACCCACGCCAACGCGACUGUGUUCUGGGGCUAGGAGAUCAUUCUUUUGCCGAAUGAAAUGUGGAUCCAAAGGGAAGAAGGGAAAAGACAGUUUGGAUCCUGAACCAUGUCUGAUGAAACGUAAAAGCAAAAGCAAGCAGGCUGCUCAACCUGACAAAAAGCCAUAUGUCGUAGUUCACUGUACAGGAUACCUCAAAUCAUGGCCGCCCUCAGGAGCUUCACUUGACGACGACGACGAAGACAAUGAAUCAAGAAAUCUCAGUUGUCUUGUAGCAGUGGGAAGAUUGGAAACAAUAUAUGACGAAGCAACAGAUUUCUCUCAGCCGGGAAUUGCCAAAGAAUUCAUCUCACGUCACAGUAUAGAUGGAAAAUUUAUCUUUGUUGAUCAGAGAACUACCGCCAUAACGGGCUAUCUACCUCAGGAGCUCAUAGGAAGUUCUGGUUAUGAAUAUUUUCAUCAAGAAGACCUUAAUUCAAUUGCAAUUUCCCAUCGUCGAGCACUUCAGGGGGAGAUUACUUCAACUGAUGUGUACAGGUUCCGAUGCAAGGCAGGUCACUAUCUUCCAUUACGCACCUGCUCAAAUGUCUUCCGAAAUCCUUGGUCAAAGGAGCUGGAGUUUCUAGUUUGCGUUAACACUGUGAUCACGGGUUUGGAGUCAAUGGCAUUGCCUCUGGCAGCUCCUCCUUCUGAUGUUUCAUGCACCAGUUUGCAGCUUGCAAGCAGUGUGGGAUCUGGGUCUUCAGCUCAAACUGAGAACAUGGCUGGAAAGACAAGCGUACAGCAAGUGUUAGAAAUAUUGAAGAAACGGGGGCAGCAAGUAGAUUCAGGGUCCAUAUCAGCUGGCAAGAAGAGUCAUGAACUUGACGUUGCCAUGGCAAAUGUGGGAAAUGCAGGAGCGAGUCGUAUUGGGGCUAUUGUGGCCGAACAAGUUCAAAACCAGGAGACGCAAGAUAGGGAAUUCCAGUUCGGAAUACCAGCUCUUAACCAACCGAAUGAGGGUCUUCCAUCUAAUACGGGUGGUGUGAGUACGAUAAACAUUGAUGAUAUUUCACUGAACGCACCAAAUGCCCCGAGAGUUCCGUCGACCGAAAGAACGGGCUCGCAUGCGGGAGGAGCUGCUUUGGAUAAUCAGCGGCAGCUGUCACAGGCGCACUUAUUGGAACAGUUGAUCGGAAUGCAGAAUGCAAUUGAGUCAAUGGAAGCUCCCAUGGAACAAAGCGAGGAAACUAUGUCAGUUUUCAUGAACAUGCUUGAGGCAGACGCCGGCCUUGGAGGAGAAUUCGAGAAUUUAUCCUAGAGCAGAUAGACAACAAAACCUGCCUAGAUGGUCAGCUAGUCUUGUAGAGUUACAUCGGAACAAAAACGUAAAAAAUACAGAUCAUCCCCACAACAUCUUAAGAAAUAACUGUCCUUCGACGUUAGUUCACGGAUCUUAAGAAUAUAUUUUGAGUAGCCUGCGAUGCAGGUGUGCUAUAUGAAGGGUGUCACAUGAUCGCGAUCAGUUCUUUAGGGUUUGAGUGAAGUCUUUCUCCAAAAUACGCCCGAAAUACAGGCCUUAUUCUGAGUACAUUUUUAUAAAGUUAAGGUCAUGUUUUGUUUCAGUUUUGUUUCAUCCCGAAAUAUUAGAAAGGAGGUGGAAUAACAUCCUAAAACUGUUUGCCUUGUAUAUAAUUUGUAGCUGUAGCCUUAAAUAACUUUGGUAACAGGGGUUAUCUAUAAUGUAGUUUAAAAUUGAACACUCAGUCAUGUUUGGUCUCCAACAGAGUACAUUUUCAGUUUUGACAGACGCAUAUGGUUAUUGAGAGAAACGUCGGUGAAUAGGAUGUUUCGAGUGGAUUAUCGCUGCCUAUUGCUUUCAUAAAAUAGCUAUGGGGUUUUGGGAAAUAAACUAAAAGUGUUUGACUUAUUAGAGAGCGCGUAGAAUCUCAUUGAGUCGUGAUACAAUGAGAAGACGUAAGUGUGCAAAUUAGUCAAGGUUAGUGGGACUGAAGCCUAAGUGUAGGAUUUGGGAUGGUUCCGUCACAAAUCGCCGUUUUGCACAUGUAUGCUUCAAGACCUAAGUGAAAUAGCAUAAAAGAACCAGAAAACAAGA